ACGCUUGGUACUUUCUGACACGUUGCAGCUUAUAUGACGAGCGUGGAGCAAUCAUUGAUUUGGAGUAUGCUCCGUGGUUUUAUUGGCAAAAAACAAUGGGUAAAAAAGAUGCAUUUUCUUCCAAAACGCCCAUUGAUCAGUACAGAAAACAAAUAGGCAAGCAAGAUUAUAAGAAAACUAAAUCAGCUUUAAAAGAAACAAGAUUAAAAGUAGAGGCCAAGAAACAGGCACCAGGAAUAAAGGAUGUGAUCAUCGUUAUUGCAGCGGUUCUGGCAGUUGUCCUUGUUUUUUACUCUUUGUUUUUAUAUCUGACUAACCAGUGAUACAAACCUCAAUUUUGACCUCGAUAGAGUAUAGAAGAUGGACUGUAUCUACCAUAAAACUACUUGUCGAGAUAUAAUCAGCAGUCCCCAGGAAAUGACUUUCUCCUUACAGGAAGCAAGCCUGUACACCAUCAAUAUGCAUUGUUCAGAAUCCAAAUCAUUUUACCAAUGCCUCCUUUGUGCAGGUAGUUUUAGUAUGGAAUAUUCUAAGCAACUGGCCCUUUAUAUGAAAUGUUUGAGCCAGAUUAAAGUUGUUAAGACAUCUGAGUGCAAAUAAUUUAAACAUGCUAAUAAUGUUUCAGUAAAUUGACAAAGAGUGAGGAACCCCUUAAAUGCUGUAGGUUGGUAUGGCAUAUGACAUGCAUGUUUAGUAUGCCAUUAAUAUUUUUAGAAACCUGUCACCUUUAGUUAUGUAUACGCUGUAAAACUUUAAACUGAACAUUGAAAUUUGCUUUUUUUAAUGGGGGAGUGGUUGGGGACACAUCAUUGUCUCUGGCCACUCAAUUUGCUGCUGACUAGAUAUUCUUGAGUCAUUUUCAUUAAACUUCCACAAGAAGUAUUGCUGUGUGUGUGUGUGUGUGUGUGUGUGUGUGUGUGUGUGUGUGUGUGUGUGUGUGUGUGUGUGUGUGUGUGUGUGUGUGUGUGUGUGUGUGUGUGUUUGGAGUAAGGACCCAUUUGACAAUCUAAGCCAUCAUGUAAGCACCAGAAUGGCAUUUUAUUGGUGUACAUCUGAACAACUUGUUUUCUGUCUGUGGAUGCGCAUGUGAAUAAGGUGUUUGGAUGCUUGCACAUGUGUCACACUUCACAAGUAUUCUGCUGUGUAUUCCCUGUUAGUUCUGGAUACAGUGUUUACCCAGAUUUGGCCCUUGGUCUCUUCUGUGAUGCGAACCCCCGAAGAAAUGGAACUGGCCACUGUGUAUUUUUUCCUCAUUAGACUUGUCUCCCUGGGCUGCCAAACUGUCUGUCUACAGCACAGUCAGGGCUGAAAUCUUUGCACCAAGAAGGAAUAUUUUUACUGUUAAGAUGUCUUUAUUUUUAAAAAUCUUAUUGUUUAAAACAUUUUAAUGAAACAAAUGAUGUUAUAUUGAAGCCUGUGCAUGGUGCUGACACAGCAAUUAGAUAAACUGCUUGAAUUUUUCCUUGAUAUGGAAAUGUUUGGAAGGUCUUGCCUAUUUUUAGAUUGUUGUAUGUUGCUAAACAGAACAAAAUAUUCACAUGUUAGUUACUGCUAUAUCUGUGUAAUUACAGCAUAGGAAUCAACAUGAUCGUAUGAUAACAGAGAUGGAUGAGGGAGCUAAGAUGGGCAGAGCGAAUGGUUAUUUUUUAAUUACUUUAAAUUAGAUGUGUUACACAUUCUAAGCUGACUGCUGGGUUAGAUAGCAUUGUUAAGUUUGUCACACUAUCUUUAAAUUAGAUGCGUUACAUAUUCUAAGCUAACUGCUGUGUUGGACAGCAUUCUUAAAUUUGUCACACUAUUUUAACUUAUCACCACAGCAUACACUAGUUACGUUUUUGUGAAUUUGCUUUCAGAUAGUAGCCCCACCCUGGUUUUGUGUUUAUACCAUACGUUGACCUUAUCCCUCCUUGAUAGUGACAUUAGAAGGGUUUACUAUAUCAUGUUCUGAAAACAUUCCAUUAGAUUACAUGUUCAUCUUAGUCGUGCUUAAUUAUAAUGCCUGGAAUAAAUUUAGGGAAUGGUCAUAUCUUUACUUCCUACUAACAGAUAACUCAGUACAGCCUGCAUUUUGUAUUAUACUGAAUUGUAUUUUACCAAGAUAAUUUUCUUUUAUCUUAAGAUGUAAAAGAAAAACAUCUGUUGCAUUUGUGUACAGUUGACAAGUUUUAAGGAUUUUGAUAAAAGCUGUAUAUAACAUAAAGUCCCCUCACUUGUUAGAGGAUUGAUACAAUCAAAUUGUUAAGAGAUUAUUUUAUUUUUGUACAAUGAGAAUACACUACAUUAAAAUGGCUUGAUGACUGCAUUUGACUUAACUUCAAUUAAAUAUUAGCAGGUAUAGGUCAAAUAAACGUUUGUGUGUUA